AUGGCGAAACCCUCGCCUUUCCUCGAGCCCGGUCCCAGGACAACGGCCAAUUCCCUUGCCAUCGUCCAGCUCUCGCGCGACAACCUUGUUCCCUUGAUCCUUCACGACUCGGCCAGCGCCGUCGAUGGCUAUGCCGAGGGAGCCGUCCUCAACACCCGCUUCGGAUCGUUCCCGCAUUCCACCCUGAUCAAUGUCCCCUGGGGCUCGCAAAUCCGCGCUUCGGUCGUCGACACCGGCUCGCGAGGCCGCAAGCGCAAGAGAAAGGAGGACGAGACGGAUGCCUCCACGCCCGCCGCCGCCGCCGCCGCCGAUGACGCCGAAACCGAGUCGAGCGCCCCGGCCAAGAAGGCCACCGCCGCCGCCAGCGGCUUUAUCCACAUCCUCCAGCCCACCGCCGAGCUCUGGACCGCCGGCCUGCCGCAUCGCACACAGGUCGUCUACACCCCCGACUACAGCUACAUCCUGCAGCGUAUCCGCGCCCGCCCCGGCACGCGGUUGAUCGAGGCCGGCGCCGGCAGCGGCAGCUUCUCGCACGCAUCGGCGCGCGCAGUCUACAACGGCUACCCCGAGAACGAGACCCAGCGCAGGGGCAAGGUCUACAGCUUCGAGUUCAACAAGGACCGGUACGAGAAGAUGGAGGAGGAGAUCCAGGCGCACGCGCUGGAGGGAAUCGUAAAGCUGUCACACCGCGACGUGUACAACGGCGGCUUCCUCGUCGACGGCAAGAGCCCCGAGGCCGAGGCCGUCUUCCUCGACCUGCCCGCCCCCUGGGAGGCCCUUCAGCACCUAGCGCGACGAAAGCCCGCCGCGACGUCGAACAAGGACGGCCAAGCGACGACCGAAGAAUGGGUGUCGCCGCUGAACCCCAAGAAGUCGGUCUACAUCUGCACAUUCUCGCCCUGCAUCGAGCAGGUGCAAAAGACGAUCAACACCAUGAGGACCAUGGGCUGGGUGGACAUCGACAUGGUCGAGAUCUCCCACAAGAAGUUCAACGUCAUCCGCGACCGCGCCGGCUACGGCCAGCCCGAGCGCGGCAUUCCCCCGAUCGCACGCGACGUGAACGAGGCCGUCGGCAAGCUGCGCGAGAUUGAGCGCCGCACGAGAGAGUACCACAACACGGCGGACCCCAAUUCGGCAGAGGACUCGCCCGCCGCCGGCAACGCUAUGGACGUGGACCAGACGGCGGAGGCGUCGAACGGCAGCAGCAGCCGCGGCGGCGACGACGACCCCAGCGCCGGAAAGCCCUGGCUGCAGGGCCGCGUGAUCCACCGCGCCGAGCCCGAGCUGAAGACUCACACGUCGUACCUCGUCUUCGCCGUGCUGCCGCGGGAGUGGAGCGAGGAGGACGAGGCCGCGGCGCUCGCCAAGUGGCCGUGCGGCGCCGAGACGGGCGUUAUCGGGGCCAAGGACAAGGAGACGCGCAAGCAGGAGAAGCGCGAGCUGCUGCAGGCCAAGGGCAAGAGGAAGAAGAACAAGCGGGCGGAGGCUGCGUAG